AUGGAAGGAGCUUUCAUAGAGCAAUAUUAUAGGCCCGAACCGGAGAUUACCAUCAAUGACCUCACUGAUAUGAAGCAAGGGGAUCACGAAACAGUGCCAGAUUUUAUCGCCCGAUUUAAAAAGAUCAAAAUGAAAUGCAAAAUUCCUAUGGAUCAAAAACAUUUUAUAAAAAUGGCACAAAAUGCACUCAGACUAUCCCUUCGGAAAAAGUUUGAUGACAUUGAAUUCAUGGAUUUGCAGGAUGUAGCCCAACGAGCUGGCAAGUACGAAUUGCUACUCAGGGAAGAAAUCCAAAGGAAAAACAACUCCAAGCCCGCAUACUACAAGAAUCCAAUUCAUCAGUUGGAAGUAGUGGGCGCAUUGGACGAAGAAAUUGAAGAAGAGGCUGGUUCCGAAGUGGCACUGGCUGAGAUCGUUCAGAUGAAAACUCCAAUCACCUACAAGGCAGUAGCUGAAAACAUCUUUGACGAAUUGCUACGAGGAAAGGCAAUCAAACUUGACGAGAAGCAAAUGUUUCCCAAGCCGGAAGAACUGAAGAACAAAAUGUUUUGUAAGUGGCAUAAUUCUUUUUCGCAUGCUAAUUGUGUUCAGUUCAGAGAUGUCAUCCAAGAUCUCAUUGUCGAGGGCAAGAUUCUUAUGGACAAGCAGCCUACCAUGAGGAUAGAAAAGGAGCCUUUCCCUGCACACAUGAUCGGCGUCAACUAG